AUGGGAGGACAAGGCCGCAAAUCAAUGAUCCCCUUCAAGUGCGACAUCAUUGCGUACAUGAGCGAACGGCGGGACAACAACAAGUUCGUCAGAGUGUUUCACCUCAUGCAAUGGAUCCGACGAAACCAAAAGCCGUGGCUCGUGUCCUACAUCGAGGCUAAGAAGAGCCCGGAGGUUGGUUAUGAAUCUCUUCGUUGUCUGUUGCUUCGGUUUUGUACGCGCAACCGGUUUAGGCACCGAAAACCCUGUGUGUCGAAGCUCAGUCAAGAGGUGUUGGAGUCUGUGAGGCUUGGCUAUGCAGCGCACUUCCACACCAAGUAUGCUGCCUACCCAAAACACACCAUUCUGAGCGCUAAGGAAACAGGCCUGUACUACGACAUGCCCCCCGGGAGCACCCUGGCGGAGAUCGGGAAGUCGAGCAAAGUGGUCAAGUCCGAAAAACACUCGGAGCGAUUGACGGCACUUUUGACGAUUCGAGCUGAUGCGGGAGCUCCAACGUACCCUGUUGGUCACUGGUAUGCCGUCCAAGCAAAUGCAUGGAUGGACGAGCGUGUGUGGAUGAUGUACCUCGACAAUCUGGCGGACCUUUUACUCGACGCCUCCGUCCUUCUUGUCGACAAUUUGGAGUGUCAUGUGUCUGAAAAGGCACAUGCCGAGUCAUUGUUCAGUGUGAUUGAACCGCUGCCGAAGAACCGUGUCCUUGCUGCUUGA